AUGUCCCUUCGUCUGCUGCACCCGCGACAGAUAGCAUGUCGGCCACAGCAAGGUGCCUUCCUCGCAUCGCCUUCAACGCGAUGUCAUGGCGAGGAAUUUUCAGGCGCAAUUAAAAAUUGGUACUCAACAUGCUCUGAGGCCCAAACUGAGUCCGGACCCACAAAUCUACCGCAGCAGAUAGAUCUGCUGGAGAAAUACCGCAGUCAAGUUGCACUAGGGAAGAUCAGAUAUGACGAGGAGCAAGUCAGGGUAGUCAUGCGGCUCAGGAAACUCCAAAGGGACUUACGUGGAUAUGCUCCACCAGCGCUGACGUCCACUUUACUGCGUGCUCCGCGUGGGACAUAUCAUGCAUCGCCUGAGACCGCGGGUGAGGCAGCUCCAUGGUGGACUUACUCGGAUGAUGAAAGGUCGGUUCCACCAGCCCCGCGUGCGUUAAUACGUAUCAAGAGCCUUGCUGAUGAACUGGAAUCAUUGAAUACACCGAAGGGCUUGUUGCUGACCGGCCCGCCCGGUUCUGGCAAAAGCUUUUUGAUCGACCUUUGGUAUUCGUCUCUUCCGACGCCGUAUAAAACUCGCAAACACUACAGUCAGCUGGUAUUAGAACUCUACCGUGCGGUAUGGGAAGAGACCCAACGGCGCGUGGCACAACUCCAUACCGAUCUGCCCUCAUUAUCAAAUACACCCGCUUCGAACAAACAUUUAUGGGACUACUGGCGCGAACUCGUGAACAUCGAUAUGCUUCCAAACUGGAUAAGGUCCCCGCGCGCGCACGUAACACCAGUUGCGUCCGACGGGCAUCCAACGAUGGCUUUUACAAUCGCACAGCGGCUUCUAUUGCGUCAUUGGCUUCUUGUCUUUGAUGAGGUCCAACUCUUGGAUGUGUCUAGCGCAGGGUUGAUUUCCGACGUGCUUUCGUGGUUCUGGAGGAUGGGUGGUGUCGUCGUCGGUACUUCAAAUAAGGUUCCGGAUGACUUGUACAAGAAUGGAGUUCAACGGGAUAGGCUCGAGCCAUUUGUAGAGGCUAUGAAAGCACGAUGCCCUGUGAUGAUAAUGUCCUCUACACAUGACUGGAGACGGGUGCGGGGCAGCGAUCUCAAUGGCAGUUCAUGGUUCACAUGGAGCCAGGAAGGCUUAUUUGAAGAUAUGCUCAAGCUUUGGACGUCGGGGAACGACGGGAACGCAGCAAGUCAAGUAUUCGGCAGACCACUAGAAGUUCCUUGGUCGUCAGGUGGUACUUGUAGAUUCACGUUUGCACAGCUUUGUGACGAGUCCCGAGGAUCUGCAGAUUAUUUGACAUUGGCAUCGACCUAUCAUACAGUUGCAAUUAGCUCAAUACCUAUUCUAAACGUGUCGAUGAAGAACCAAGCUUGCAGAUUCAUUUCUUUGAUAGACGCUCUAUAUGAAGCACGAUGCCGUAUCAUAUGUCAUGCGGAGUCGGUGCCAGAGGACCUUUUCUUUCCAGACGCUAUUGCCCAGCCCGCGGAAUUAGACACCGUCCAUGAUGUCAUGCACGUGGAGACUGUCGCUGAGAUGCAGAAUGUCUAUCGACCUAACGUCUCUGCUUAUGAUGCCCCUGGUAUGAACGAGGCUCCGAAUCAGCCCGCCCCGACAUCCUUGGAAAACCUAUCGAUUUUCUCAGGACAAGAAGAGCAGUUCGCCUUUAAACGCGCGCUGUCUCGACUCGCCGAGAUGACAAGCAAGAGUUAUUUCGACCAAGAGAGAUGGAAUCCUUUGCCAGUGACCUCACGCAAAUGGGAGCAGGCAAUGGAAUCGACUCCCAGGAAUGGUCAGGCGAUCUCUUUGAGAUUCAUUAUGUAUGCCGAUAGUGUAUGGAUACGCUUGUGCACACGCAAAAAGGGCCGAGAUACUAAGCCGUUCUUUGCGUUAGUUCUACCAUUGGUUUACCGCCGAUCUGGGAAACUGACUCAGACAGUGAUGUUUGCCAUUCUCAAAGCCAGAUCAUGGAGGUUUUCUGCUCACAAUCCAUCUACUGGCUCGUGUAUAUUUUCUCUACCAUACAUCCCAGCCAUGAUAUCGUCUAAAUAUAAGUUACACAACCAGCUUCCUGACACACGCACUCCAGUAUACAUUGACAUUUUGCCAGAGUCUAGCUCACGGUCGAGCCCAUCCUCAUCACAUUCACGUUCACCAUCUUCUUCUCCAUACAAGCUCCCUCAAGGUGCCACUUCAUUCCAACCCUCCUUUAACGUGGCGCCGACAUCGGCUCAUCCAAACCCCGCGAACAUAAUCACCGCCCUAACUAGUGCCUUUAAAAGCCAAAAUGGCGAGGCAGCCUCAAGUACGCGCAUCGCCCAGCUCCUCGAGCAGAAUAUGGGCCAGCUUGGCGAGCUCAUGCGGCAGGGCAAGCUUACUGCCGUACAGAUCCAGCAGCUGAAAGAUUACGCUGAAAAACACAAGUCCGCGACCAGUGCUGCUUCCGGAAGCGUGGCUGGCACUUCGAGUACGAAUGGCGGUACAAAGGAACCCCCUUUGUGCCACUCAUUUUCUUUGUGGCAGACCGGGACUGCUGCGACCACUGCUACCGCCUUUAAAAGCGGUUCACCAGCACCCGUUCUUACGUCCACACCCGGCGACGGUUAUCCCAUUAGUCAAACUCUCAACACCACCAAUCCAGGCCCCGUCCAGUGGGCAACUGCACAACAAGGAAGACCAACGCUUACAGGCGGCAUGGCUGGCGGCAGAAUCUCAAGUACUCCAGCUCAAAUCGCACGAUCCACUGACGACGCUGGUAUGCUCAGCUUAGAGGACAACCAUUCACGGAGAAAGAAUACUCCGGGAGAUCAGAGCAUGAGACGGUCAAUACAAGACCUUGUCUCAAGUGUCGACCCCAAUGUACGGAUCGAACCUGAAGUGGAGGAUUUACUGCUUCAAAUCGCAGACGAGUUCAUCGACUCGGUCACGAACUUUGGCUGUCGAUUAGCAAAACAUCGCGGCGGCGACACGCUCGAAGUCAAAGACCUCCAGCUUCACCUUGAACGCAACCACAAUAUCCGUAUCCCAGGAUUUGCAUCAGAUGACACACGGAUAGCCUUAUCUCAGGCUGCCGUAGCACCUUCCGUGCCCACAGCGGCAACAAAGAAGGCAGCCCAGGGCACAUCCAUGACUUUACGCAGUCACCGCUUGGCACAGGUACAGCAAGCAAAGAGGGAGAGCAAGCUUGCAUAG